AGCCAAUCAGAGAAUGAGCAGCAGUCAGUUAAUGCCACUGUGUACGUGUAAAUGUGUGAGUUCUGUCUCAUACUCUCAUCCAUUCAAGCACAGCAGACUAGAAAGGAGGACGACACUUGGACAGCCAUCCUGAACCUUCCAAAAAAUACAUUUCCUCCACACACGUAUUCAACCGUCUCCCGGCAUGUCUUCCCAAUAUAAAAUCAUCUCUUUGGUGAACUGCCUGUUACUCCUGACUGUGAUGCUCCCGGCGGUCCAGUCUCGUCGGGGUGGAGGCUUCGGCCGUGGCGGGGGUCGAGGUGGAGGAUGGGGCGGCAGCAGCUCUGGUCGUGCGGGCUGGGGAGGAGGAGGAGGAGGAGGAGGCGGAGGGGGGCAUUACCGUGCCCCACCUGUCCACACCGGAGGCUCCUCGGGACACAGCACUGGGAAGGUAGCAGGAGCGGCUGCUGCUGGAGCUCUGGGGGGAAUGCUGGUCGGCCACGGCUUGAGCUCAAUGGCUCGACCCGGAUACGGGUACGGGCACGGAGGGUAUGGAGGCUAUGGCGCUGGGUAUGGGCACGGGCAUGGACACGGGCAUGGUGGUGGGCAUUCAGGAGAUCAUAACGAGACAGAUGCGGAUUACUACACGGGUGCUGCCAGUGCCGGACCCCUUUAUAACUGCGUGACAGUCUUGGGACUCGUGAUGUCAUUCUUACUUGGGUACUUUCUGUCAUAAAGGGCACUUUUGGCAAUUGGCACAGGUCAUUCUUGGGCACCUUCUUGCAUCUGUCAAUAAAACAUAGUCUAACUAAAUAAAAAUGUGUGUGACAUGCAGUGUUAAAACACGGACUAAAUGCAAUCAAACAGCACUAUCGAGGAUUUCUGCCCGAGAAAUAGACCACGUCCAUUUACAUUGUUUCCUGUGUUUUGGCUUGGAAGCGAGUUAUGGUGAGCACAAGCCUGAAGUCAGAAGUUUGUACAUUAUUUAAACAUCAGAUUGAUGUUUUUUUUUUUUUAUGAACAAUAUAGAUUUUUCAUCAUUUAGUUUCCUUGAAUAAUGGAAUUUUGUACCAUUUAAAAUAUAUGAUAAAGAGCUG